AUGAGUUUUUGUUUCAACGAUCAAGAAGCUUAUGGUACAAUAUCGCAGUUUUUUGAUUUGGCAAAAUGUCACUACAGACAUGUUCAAGGGUCUGCAGGAGUAUCGACUGGGUUCACAUGCUAUUCCACUGAAUAUUUAGUAGGUGACUACUUUAUGUCGGUGGUUUGUAAAGAUGUGGAAGCAUUUGUGAUGUUUCGGAUAAAGAAAUUGGAUCAACUUUCUAUAAAUACUUUGGAAAAUGUCGGAGAUUGGAAAAUGUUAAAAAGAGUCAUCAACAGAAUGUGUCGAAGUUUGGAAAUCUCAUUGCAAUCGAGGACAUACAAGUUGAAAGUGAAACAGUUCUCUCUGUCAGUUUUCGAUAUAUAUCAAGCUGUAUCAGCAGUCAACCUACUCGACCGUGAGAUCCUACAGGAAGUUACUGUACAUUUGCCGUUUGAAGAUCAAGUAUUCACAGCUUACGACUUCAUACCUCUAAUAGAAGGGAAGAGACGGCAGAGGUUGGAUCUGAGAAUCCACUUGCAUGAAUUCUCAUUGGAAGUGCUGGAGGAAGUGAGAAAGCUGCUCACCUCCACAUCCAAAAAACUCAAUUCUAUUACUAUCAGCUAUAAAAACAUUGAUAAUAAAUGCAUUGAGUUAACUGCUGAAACAGUACAUUCGUUUGAUGAAAGGACUGUAAAGUUUUUAAUAGAUCACGCUGAUGAUCCAAUUGAAGAAAUGGCCACGCUAAACCUAUCGGACAGCAAAUGUCCUAUGAAUAUCUUCGAGAUCCCUUCGAUAAUGAGCUCAAUUGCUUCAAAUUUAGAAUUUUCUCAGAUCCUAUCACUUCGGAAGGUGUCCAGAGGUAUCCGUCAGUGUGUCGAUUACGUCAAGCCAGAUCCGUUCAUCCAUCUUUAUUGCAUUUCGCUCAGGCAUUCUUUUUAUUCUGUUGUUAUUAACAGAACGCUGAAUGAAGAAAUAGUGGAACGGCACAAAAGAUCUCUGGAACAGGAAGCAGUUCAAAUUGUAAAUGAUUUCCAUUUGAAUACAAGACAUCAAAAAAGUUGCAUGGAUAAUUUAUUAAUUGAUAUGUUUGAAGGAAACAAGAAUUUAGAAGAAGAAGACAACUCAGCUUUGUCAAAGUUUUUCAAAGGGAUGAGAGAUGUUUUGACCUCCAGAGCAUCCCCAUUAAAAGUAAAAGAGUUGACGUUGGCUACCCACUUGCAAUGGUUGAUGAUGGACAUAGUACCGUAUAUCGACGCAGAAUCUUUGGAAGAGAUUGUUCUAAUGAAGAUGAAAAAUAUUGACGAAGAAUGUACCAUUAAUCUAGAUGAAAUUUCGAAAACUGAGCAAUGGAUCAAGGCUAAAAAAUUGCGGAUAGAGGAGUUGACUGUUCGAAUGUCAAUUCAAGACAUGAAUAUUUUGAAUUUUGGGUGGAUUAGGAUUAUUGUGGAAACAAUGUCGCAGGAGGAUAUUACGUAUUGCAGAAAGGCGAGUUGUUUUGACUAUAAACUAAUAUGUUUCGAGUGUUGUUUUACUUGA